GCAGCACUUCCGCGCGGCAACGCGCCUGCUGAUUGGCCGAGACGAGUCACAUGACCCGAGCGAGCUUCGGCUUCGGCGUUGUCCGUUACUCUCUUGUCGCAGCAUUUGGCGGGUACGCUCGGCGUUGCUUGGUGCUUUGUAGCUCACUGUUUCACAAUGGCUGGAGGUAAAGCUGGUAAGGACUCCGGAAAGGCUAAGGCCAAAGCCGUAUCUCGAUCUGCGCGGGCGGGACUUCAGUUCCCUGUCGGCCGUAUCCACAGGCAUUUGAAGAACAGAACAACCAGUCAUGGCCGUGUUGGUGCCACAGCUGCUGUUUACAGUGCAGCUAUUCUGGAGUACUUGACUGCUGAGGUGUUGGAGUUGGCUGGUAACGCUUCCAAAGAUUUGAAAGUGAAACGUAUCACUCCCCGUCACUUGCAACUUGCCAUCAGAGGAGACGAAGAAUUGGAUUCCCUCAUCAAAGCGACCAUUGCCGGUGGUGGUGUCAUCCCUCACAUCCACAAGUCCCUUAUUGGAAAGAAGGGAUCCCAGAAACCUGCUUAAGAUUAUUGUUUACUAUCAGAGGACCAGUCACCGGUGUGUGCUUCUCACCCUUUCCUAGUGUUCUAUGGUGUUCAAUUAGUCAACCCUUUUUAAGGGUAAGUCCAUGAUAUGGAACUUGAGACUUCAACUGUGAAUAUUGUUUGAUUGGAAAGGGCGUUUUUGCAUGGAUGUGUUCUUUAGAGGAUGUUGGGAGUCAAAAUUUCAUCCUCAUUUAUUAGUGUUUUACAAUUCUUAUUCAGUUUGGAUGUUUAAGUUAACUUUAUCCAGAGUCAUAUGAAAGAGAGGUGUGUUUGUGCUUUACCAUUUUAGCAGUUAUAUGCUGCUCCGUUAAGUGCUCUGUAAAGGCACUUAGUUGUGUGAGAGGACGCGUGAUGUCAUUAUCAUUUGUGAAUGUUCAUUAUUUACAUCCUUUUUAGGUGUGUACUCAAGCUUCAUGUAAAAUGGUGUGAUGAAUUAUAGAUUUACUGAUCCGCAUUGUU